UACUAGUAAGUUUCCGCCGCCGCCGACUCCUCUCCCCCUACCCAGCAGCAGCCAUCAGGCCUACCACUACCACCUCAUCCUUUGAUUCCUCUCCAUCUCCAGUACUGCAUGCUGCUGCAUCCUGCAUCCUCCUCCAAUCUUCCUCCGUCCCCUUCACCGAGGCAUCAGCUAGCAUUGACGGAUGAGCGGCGCCGUUGGGGAGCCACCGAACACGAAGACGCCGUCGACGAGCACCCCGGCGCCAUGGUUAGAGGAGAGGGGGCAGACAAGGAAGAGGAGGAGGCUCCGCCCACAGAGAAGAAGAGCAGACUCCUACCUUCUAUCUCCACCGCUGCGCCUCCAUCCUCAUCACGCAUCUUCUUGCCAUCCCGUCGCUCCCAAUCUCCACCGAGGUAGGUCAAGGUGGUGAUAGAAGAAGGACGCCACCGAGUUCAUGGCCAAUCUGGAAGAGAGUUGCGCCCUUGCAGCAGUACGAUGGUGGUUGGUUCUCCGCUGGUAUCUACUUAGUACAAUCAAUGCAGAUCUGGAUGAACUUUUCUCUGUGAUUAAACUAUUAUUAUUAUCUUCAAGUCUCAAUAGAUGGUGAUUGCUACUGCUAAGCUAUACUUCCUUUAAGUUUCUAUAUCUUCAAGUCUGGAAGUAAAUUAUGUUCUUUAUUACUACAUCACAGGAUUGGAUUUUGGGGAAACAAAUCUGUACUUUACCUAUUAUUAUUUGAGAGUAGUAAUUUUCUUACUUCGUGAUACCAUUAUUUUCACUAUAUAUAUUUGGUUGAAUGUUGGAAAAAUAAACUCUACAGCAUAAGAGUGGGAUGUGCACACCAUGAUUGUUAAGGAUGUAGCUGAUUGCAUCCAUUCAGAGAACAUAUUCUGUUUGUGGAUUGACUGGAUUCAGUCAAGAGGGUAAAAAAAUAGGCUUUGCAUAGUAAGUUUUCUGGACCAGUAAAAGAUGGUAACCACAGAUUUUAGUUUAUAAUGUGUAACCAAUCUUAAAUUUAGAAUUUGGUAAAAAAAUUACUCAGUUAUGGAAGAUGUAACACAUGAUGUUUGCUUCCAUGGAAGUUGGAGCUACGUCAUUAUCUGGACAAAAAAAAACACCGCAACAACAAAGUGAAUUAACAUCGGACAAAUUUAUUAAGAUUCAACGUAUAUCAUUAUCUUAUAAACUGAAACAAAUUUUGUUAGGUUUCUUACAGCAGUUCUUGGAAUACCUGUAUAAGAUCUGAGGAGUCACCUGAAUGUUGUUAGAUGAUAGUGUGCGUACCUAGUGCUGUGUGUGCAUGUCUUUUGUGUACUUGAAAACUAUAAAAAGAAAGUGAGUAAAUGAAGUGGUAUAGCAUUUCAAAGAAAAAUGAUUUCAACAGUUCUUUCUAAUAAGAAUUCCCACAGAGUUACUUAUAUGUACUAAAAGUAGUACUAUCUGUUGCUUCCAGUUUUAAUAUCAAUAAGUUCUGACUUCUUAGCAUAGAAGGGCCCAAACUUCAACAAAGAUUUGAUUUCUUUUUCAUGCUUUCCUCCUUUGCUUGUUUGAGCUCAGCUAUACAUAUCCUACUUCAGCAAAGAUGUUUGACAUGUAGAGAUAUCUAAAACAUCAAGUCUACCAAUAGCUGGUACAAAUUAAUAUGCACGUGACUAAUGAACAGUGCAAGAAAAAUAUUUCUUUGUUAUUUUUUUUUAACUUUAUGAUCUAUAUCUAAAAGAACUUUUUAAUCUAUAUGAAUAUUCAAGCGUUUUGUUAUUGUAGGGUUGGAAUUGAGUAAGAAUAAGUGAAAACCACCGUUUUGUUAUUGUCCUGCUCAAGAGUAAUGGCACCAUGGAGAAAGGAAAGCCGAUUAUGAAUUCCUUUGCUCAUUUGUUGUUAAAAUGGUUAAGGCACAAAUGCACCAGAAUGCCUUUUAUAUGAUAUGCUGGCAGCUGAAAAGCAAUCAGAAGCUCGGCAUACCACUUUAUAUAUGAAACCAGAAUAUCACCCAAGUGAUUUAGAUAUUGUAUCGAAUAUGUCGAAUGUUCCAAAAAUCGAUCUUCUUUUGUUUUUCCAUGAUCAGCAGAUGAGAGGAUAAACUGUUGAGAUGAUCCAAGCAUCAAAUUAUUACUAUCGGUGUGAUGUAUCCAGGGAUGUCAUUCCCUUUGUUAGUGAACAAAGAAAAGAUAGGGAUCUUCAAGGUUCUAGGAACUCUGCCUAUGACUACAGGACAAAUUACCUCAGGGACCAAGAUCAUGAUUUGGAAAGGUAGUGAUGAGAAAACUGUUGGAGAGACCCUGUACCCACCAAUCUUACAUCCAGUCAUUGCAACUCCUCUGCAAAUGAAAAUGGUGGAUGACCCCGCUCUUUCUAAUGUGGUUGGCAGAGCCAGUAAGAUGAUUGGUAAUUUCAUGAGUUACUAUACUCACCUCCCACAUGAGGCCACAAAGGGCAAAAUGACAUUUCUCUUACAUGGUCCAUGUGAUAAAAAAGCUGUGGUUGAAGGGAUAGGAAGGACCCUUGGUCUUCCUGUUGCGAGCGUGGAUGCUUCGUCACUCAUCAAGGACUUCCCUUCUGACUCUGUCUCACAGAUCAACACCUGCAUACAGAGACCUGAAUCACGUGAUGGUCCACUUCUGAUCUUCCUUGACCGGUUUGAUGAGUUGGUCCCUCACAACAGAUGUGGUUCAACAGUUAUGACUGACAUAACAACCACCCAGCUUAAAUUGCUGCUUGAUGAUCCUUGGGUGAUUUUCGGGCAUCGUAUUACUAUUCUGGUAGUAUCUGUGAGGUGGAUAAACCUGAUAUGCCCGACUAUUCUCUCAAGAAUCAGGACACGAUUUUAUUGUGGAAAUGAUGAGAAAGAGGGGGAUUGGGAUGGUGUUGGAAUGUCUCUUCUAAAGUUAUUGGAAACAAACAAGUCGAUUGAUCCAAAUUCACGCUGGGUUGUGACAAAUGCCAUUCUGUAUGGGAACACCUCGCUCAGUAAGAGUGAUGUCACCAAACUCUUUGCAGCAACACAGUCAUUCGAUUCCAUAGUCAUUGAUGCAAUGCAAGUGCUGAAGGAUUUUAAAAAUACUGGGUCAAAGGCGGUGUCUGACCUGUUCCUGAGAGCUACAGCGAGAAGACCCUGCAUUAUACUGAUUCAACAAUUAGAUGCUAUCAACAACGAAACAUUAAUCUCCCUGAUCUUACACGAGAUGAACAACAUGGAUAGAGAUCUACAUGUGUUUGCUUCCACGAGGUGGUGGCAACUCAUACACCAUAUGUUUUUGGAGUCACGCCUGUUCACGAGGAGAGUUUUUUGUGGCGUGGAUUCAAAAAAAGAUGAAUGCGAUUUUGUGGGCCAAGCUUUAUUUGAGAUACAACAGAGGAUGGGAACAGCAUCAGAUAAGAGCACCUCCUCUUAAGGCAAAGGAGGGAGAGGAGAUAAGAUAACUCACCAUUAGCGAGCUUACUGUAUUGGUUAUGAUGCACUGGUGAAAUUCGACGCCAUUAGCUUUUACUGUAUGUUUAUGAUGGGCUGGUAAAAUUCAAUUCCGUAAUCAGUCAUGGUGAGAGUUGUCUGGUAACUGUGAGGAACCUUAAUUUUGAGCACUUGUCUGAAUUUUUUUUUCUUUCGAGGUAACAGUUCCUAAAACUUGUCAAACUGCUGGCCUGUUGGCCAUGCAAAUACUCUAUUUUGACAAAUUAGCUAUCUGCAACUUGCACA